AUGUUCCACACAUUUGAGAGUUUCGAAAAUCCGACGGCACGCACGCCUGCAAAAACCCGACCCGCCACCGAGCGUCGUGAAUCAGUCAGUCGCCGAGUGACGACCCUGCGCGCAUGUACAUCAUGUCGACAUCGAAAGAUUAAAUGUGAUGGUGAAAAGCCAUGCGAGGCAUGUCGAUGGUAUAAAAAGGCAGAUCAGUGUCACUACUCCGAUCCUAGGCCUUCCAGAAGACAUGUUGAGAAGCUUUCUACGACUCUGGAUGAAUACCGCAGCAUCCUAGGGAAACUUUUCCCUCAUGUGCCUCCCGAGUCCCUCGUCAAUUUGUCGCGGGAAAAACUACUCGAGCUCACAUCAGCGUCGCCGUCGACCUUGCCGGCACAAAUCAACACACACCAUGCCGCUUCACCUUCUACCUCAGGCUCCAUGGAGGCCCAUGUGUCUCCAAUCUCGAAUGAAGACGACAACCUUGAAUCUCUACAAAGCAUGCCAGAAGAACUGGACGAUGGCCGCAAUGGUCAUACUAGCUUCUUGGUAGAAGGCGUCUCCGACGACGUUAAUGCAUUAUCCCUGUCAUCCAGACAGCCUUCAUCUUACUUGGGAGUUUCUUCUAUCCAAGCUGUUCUCAAGGUGAUUUUGUGGCUCGAUCCAGGAUGUGCUUCCUUCUUCGCUCGCACACCAGCAGUUUAUCCACGCGAGGAAGUAGAUCUUGAAUAUGACCCUCAAAAUGCAUGGCCCCCUCAACCACCGGUGACUCCACCCCCACCAUCCAUUCCACCAAGUGAGAUGCAGAUGCUAGAUGCAUACUUCUGUUACUUCCAAGCCUUUGCUCCAAUGAUCGACGAGAAGUCAUUUCGAGAAUCUUAUAUGACUGGCCACCGAAAGGAUGACCAUUGGCUGUCUCUGCUGAACAUUGUUCUGGCACUGGGUAGCAUUGCUGCCACAAGUCCAGAUGAUAUGACGCAUCAGACCUACUUCCUGCGCUGCAAGAGCCACUUGAGUCUGAGUUCUCUGGGGAGCUCCCACAUCGAGACGAUACAGGCUCUUGGCCUCAUCGGUGGUUGGUAUUGUCACUAUAUCAGCCAACCAAAUCUGGCAUAUUCCGUCCUCGGCGCCGCAUUGCGAAUGGCAGCCACAUUAGGAUUGCAUAAAGAGUUCGCCGAGAGUCGACAGGUCCCCGGUCCCACGAAACUUGCAUCCAUGGACCUCAAGCGUCGAGUUUGGUGGUCCCUGUUUGUCAUGGAUACUUGGGCGGGCAUGACACUGGGAAGACCUAGCAUGGGUCGCUUUGGUCCAUACAUCACUGUCAAACCACCGAACUGUCGAGAUAAGGAAAACUUUCUCGACAUCCUCCCGCUCGUAGAGAACAUCCGCUUUGCCAAGAUUGCAACGCAAGUCCAAGAGUCGUUGGCAGCUGCGCCACUGGUCAAGCAUCAAGAAAUGGCCCAUGCAGAUGCUCAACUGCUUGAUUGGUGGGAGAAUCUCCCACCUAUUCUGAAAGACCACGAACCAUGCACGGAGUCAACAAGCACAGUUCGUACUGUUAUGAGAUGGCGAUUCUAUAACCAGCGGAUGCUUAUCUAUCGCCCUACACUUCUCAGCUACGCCAUGCGUCGUGUGCCAUACAUUGCUCUCCGAGUCGAGGAACGCACUGCAAUUAUGAAAUGCCGUGAAGUCGCGGAACUUUCUAUCCAAAAUAUCGCCGCCACAGCACAAUUCAACCAGCUUUGUGGCUGGAAUGCCGUCUGGUGGACAUUUCAAGCGUCCUUGGUACCCUUGGUAGGCCUCUUCCUCAACGACCCCACAACCGAUGAUCCUCGUGCAUCAAUCGAAUCCUGCCAAGCGCAGGUCGAGACUGCCAUGACCACUCUCGCGCGUAUGUCGGCACAUGGUCAUACGGCCAAGCGAUCUCUAGAUGCUGUUUCGCGUAUCUAUGAGGCUAGUAAGCGUGGUGAUGAUCUGAGCGCAUCAACUGCAGGAAUUAUUCCCACGACCAUAUUUCCCGCCGGUCGGGACAUGACCUCCCUAUUUGCGCCGACUGAGCCUGGUCGUCUAGGGAUGUCGUUGAGUGAGGCAGGGAUUUCAGAUCCCUUAGCUGCCCCGUUCCUCGAUGAUUCCGGUCAGUAUCUUUGGGAGUAUUUGAGCUGGAGCGAUAAUAAUCUUUGGCCUGGGAUGGACCUUGAGAAUCGGGGCGAUGCAAUGGCUGUCUUGACGCCAGAUCAUGAGAAAGGCUCUAAGUUUGCCGCACAGCCGUAUUUUGAGCCCUUCCCAGAUUCUUACUUUGGCAAUCAGCCUGCAUACUAUUGA